AUGGCGUCCCCUUCCCGGAGGCUGCAGACCAAACCCGUCAUCACUUGUCUCAAGAGCGUCCUCCUGAUCUACACGUUCAUAUUCUGGAUCACUGGUGUUAUCCUUCUUGCUGUUGGCAUUUGGGGCAAGGUGAGCCUGGAGAAUUACUUCUCCCUUUUAAAUGAGAAGGCCACCAAUGUCCCCUUUGUGCUUAUCGGCACUGGCACUGUCAUCAUUCUUUUGGGCACCUUUGGCUGUUUUGCUACCUGCCGAGCUUCUGCGUGGAUGCUAAAACUGUAUGCUAUGUUUCUGACUCUCAUUUUUUUGGUUGAACUGGUCGCUGCCAUUGUUGGAUUUGUUUUCAGACAUGAGAUUAAAAACAGCUUUAAGAAGAAUUAUGAGAAAGCUUUAAAGCAGUAUAAUGCUACGGGAGAUUAUAGAAGCAAUGCAGUAGACAAGAUUCAAAGUACGUUACAUUGUUGCGGUGCCACAAACUUUAGAGAUUGGAAUGUUACUAAUUAUUACAUAGAAAAAGGAUUUCCCAAGAGCUGCUGUAAAGUUGAAGAUUGUUCUCCUCAGAGGGAUGCCGAUAAAGUAAACAAUGAAGGUUGUUUUAUAAAGGUGAUGACCAUUAUAGAAUCAGAAAUGGGAGUUGUUGCUGGAAUUUCUUUUGGAGUUGCUUGCUUCCAGCUGAUCGGAAUCUUUCUCGCCUACUGCCUCUCUCGCGCUAUAACAAACAACCAGUAUGAGAUAGUGUAA